AUUCUUUUUAUUUAAGCGAACAAUUUGUAGUGAAUCUCUGUUAAUAAAAGUCACGAGAGCGCUCGUGGGUUACUAUUAUAUUGCUUGGUCUGCAGAACAACCAUUUGUUGUCAACGUCUAUGAAUUAAAGUUAUAUACAAAGGCAUGACGAGUCAUCAUAGAAACCGGAUAGAAACGUCCACUAGUUCGCACAAUACUUUGCUCCUCCAUAACUCUCAGGAGUGCAAUCUCCUAGUCUCGGCCUUGUGGGGGCACCAGCAUGAGUCAGAAGUUGCUGGAGUCUGAAAGAGACUCUGCUCAGGAUGCCUCUGACUUUAACUGGGAUGAAUACCUGGAGGAGACAGGAGCCGUGUCCGUGCCACACCACGCCUUCAAACAUGUGGACCAGGGCCUGCAGACUGGCCUGGCUCCGGGCAUGAAGCUGGAGGUGUGUGUGCGCUCCGAGGCCGGCAGUCCUUACUGGGUGGCCAACAUCAUCACCACAUGUGGCCAGCUGCUGCUGCUACGCUACGAGGGAUACCAGGAUGACCGGCGUGCUGACUUCUGGUGUGACCUAAUGACGGCAGACCUCCACCCGCUGGGCUGGAGCCGCCAGCACGGGAAAACAAUGAAGGCCCCCGAGGGUGUGCGUGAAAAGCACCAGGACUGGGAGGCUCUGCUGGAAAAGGCCCUCGCUGAGGAGUGCAGCGCACCCGCCAACCUGCUGGAAUUGCCGCAGCGAGGCAGGGACCCGGUGGAGCUGCUGUGUGCCGGUUGCUACGUGGAGAUCCAGGACAAUGCUGACCCGGGGUUAGCCUGGGCUGCUGAGGUGGAGGAGAACGUCGGAGGAAGGCUGAAGUUGCGUCUGGUAGGAACCGAGGGCCUCCCAGACACACCCACAACCCUCUGGCUCUUUUACCUCCACCCACGCCUCCACCCACCCGGCUGGGCCAAAGAACACGGCUGCACCCUCAGGCCUCCCUCAGACUUGUUGGCCCUGCGGACAGAAGCAGAGUGGGACGAGGUGAGACAGAGGAUCAGUGACCUGCCUCAAGAUGAAGCUCUGACUGCAGAGUUCAGUAAGGAUCAGCCUGCCAUCGCCGCCCAUUGUUUCAAUGAAGGAAUGAAACUGGAGGCUGUUGACCCCACUGCUCCCAUUUCCAUCAGGCCUGCCACCGUCACCAAGGUGUUCAAUGAGCAGUACUUCCUGGUCAAGAUGGAUAACCUUUGUGGCAUUGAGGAGGGAGCCGGUGCUGCUGGGAGGUCCUUCCUGUGUCACAGAGACAGUCCCGGGAUCUUCCCUACUCAGUGGUGCCUUAAAAAUGGAGUCACUCUCAGCCCCCCACCAGGAUACCAGGGUCCGGACUUUGACUGGGCAGAUUACCUGAAACAGUGCGAGGCUGAGGCAGCUCCUCAACACGGCUUUCCCGCUGAGCAGUGUGACCACAACUUCAAAGAGGCCAUGAAACUGGAGGCUAUCAACCUGCUGUCCCCCGAGAACAUUCACGUGGCAACUGUCACCAGGCUCAAAGGGCAGUACAUCUGGCUCAGCCUGGAAGGACUUAAGCAGCCCAUGCCAGAGCUGAUAGUUCACGUUGACUCCAUGGACCUCUUCCCCAUCAGCUGGUGUGAAACGAACGGUUACCCACUCAUCCACCCCAUCAAACCCCCAGUUGAAAAAGACAGGAAGAUUGCUGUGGUGCAGCCAGAAAAACAGCGAUUCCCACCUAAGUCAUCAUCACCUGAUGCUGUCAAGCAGCAGAUGGGCCACCAGUCAGAGACAGGACAGGGGAACGGGAAAUACUGCUGCCCCAAGAUCUACUUCAACCACCGCUGUUUCUCUGGGCCUUACCUCAACAAGGGACGCAUUGCAGAGCUUCCUCAGUUCAUUGGGCCUGGAAACUGUGUCCUGGUGCUCAAAGAGGUACUUACUCUGCUGAUAAACUCAGCAUACAAGCCCAGCCGUGUGCUGAGGGAGCUGCAGCUGGACCAGGAGAGCCGCUGGCAGGGCCAUGGAGAGACACUCAAAGCAAAGUAUAAAGGAAAGAGUUACCGGGCCACUGUGGAAAUAGUCCGCACUGCAGACCGUGUGGCAGACUUCUGCAGGAAAACCUGCAUCAAGCUUGAGUGCUGCCCAAACCUGUUCGGACCUCGCAUGGUUCUGGAGCGCUGCUCAGAAAACUGCUCUGUCCUCACCAAGACCAAAUACACUUAUUACUAUGGGAAGAAGAAGAGUAAACGCGUUGGCCGCCCCCCCGGGGGACACUCCAACCUGGAAGGUGGAGUGAAGAGAAGAGGGAGGAGGAGGAAGAGGAGGAAGCAGCUCUUUGUCCAUAAGAAGAGACGCUCCUCAGCCUCGGUGGAUAACACGCCUGCUGGGUCUCCACAGGGCAGCGGCGACGAAGAAGAUCUGGAUGAAGAUGAUUCCCUGAGUGACUCUGGCUCCGAGCUGCAGGACGAUCUGCAGGACGAUUCUGAACAGUCGAUCGAGAAGUCUCAGCCCGCCACGCCAUCCGCCUCCCCACCGGCAACACCCAGACCCACACGUAGGCGCAGGAAACCCCGCUCACCCUCGUUCUCCGAUGAUGAGAACCGCCCUCCUUCACCAAAGACUUCAAAGAUUGAGGCUCCUCAGAAGUUGUGUUUAGACACCAGCCCACUGGAGUGGAGCGUUACUGACGUGGUUCGCUUCAUCAAGACCACAGACUGUGCUCCUCUUGCUCGGAUUUUCUUGGAUCAGGAGAUUGAUGGACAGGCGCUUUUGCUGCUCAACCUCCCAACAGUGCAGGAGUGUAUGGACCUGAAGCUGGGACCGGCCAUCAAGCUGUGCCACCACAUUGAGAGGGUCAAGUUGGCGUUUUAUCAGCAGUUUGCCACGUAGCCGCCGGAGAAUUAACAUGGACAUGACUGCAUACUGUUCUGUGUAUUAGUUCUGUGAUAAACACUGUUUUUUCCAAUUUUGACUUUUACAACACUGGACGUCCUUUUACUAUCCUGAAUAUACUUUGCUGUGUUGGAAAGGAAUUAAGAGCUACUUAAAAUGUCCAAAACAGUUUAGGUGCCCCUUAGGAAAGACAGAGCAGGAAACUGAAAAACAGAAGAGAUUCAAAAAACUUUGACCUCAUAAAUAAGUUUAUAUUACAGCAUAAUUAGCAUUAUGCUGUGCAAAGGUGAACAAGGCAAACCAUCAUCAACGACUUACUUCCUGGCUUUGUUUGGAUAAAUUCCUUUUAACCUGAGUGUCUCGGAUUUUACUCUUUUAUUUCCUUUUUUUAUGUGGAUGAUCAAGUGCCAGUGCUCAGCCUGUUGUGUACAUUGAUUUUUCCCUGACCUGCUGUCUCUACCAGGGGAUACCACUGAAUCACAGCUUUUACUUUAACCUGGAAUAUCUGUUACCUGGCUUCACUUAGGUCUAGUUCUUUUGGUGCAGAUAAGGCUAGAACCAGGACAUGACAGACCUCCUACGUUGAAGCGCUUAUACGCAAACCUUUUCAUUAAAUCAAGCGCAAUGCUGUUUAAUGGUUUCUAGUUUAAAUACUUUUGAUUUGUAACAGAACAUUUGACCCAAUUAUUAAGCAAAGACACAAAAAAACUGUUUGCACACAGAUGGAAUCAGGAAUUUCAUAUGAUUAUUACAGUUGUUUGUUUUUCUUAAAGCCAGACGUAAUAAACUAGAAACUGAUUGUGGAGUUGACCUUGUGCCAAUGCAAGGUGAUUAUAGUGUAAACACCCGACAUGUAUGUUCUACAAACACCAUUUGCAAAUGUUAUCCAUGUGAUUUAAGAAACAAUCUGCUAAACAACUGAUGUAAAGUGGGCCUUCAUCUCAAGAUUUCAAAUUGUUUUUCAAACUUAUACAGUAUGUAAGAGUUUACAAUGUAAGGUAAUGCAAGCACAAGCAACACCAUGUACUGUAUGGUGGUAUGCAAGUAUGACAGUGCAUGUUUGUAUAUAGUGUAUAUAUAAUCAAAUAACUUCUAGUGCAACAGGGUGAUUAGAAAGUUAAAAAAAAUAUUGAGAAAUUACAUUUCUACAUAAGCAAUGUGUAAUUCCCCUAAACAUACAGUAUAUUUGCACAGAAUACACCUAAACUUUCUCAUAUGGGGUGUUUUGUUAACUAAUUCAGCUAUAGUUGAUUAUUUGAGCCAUUUCUUAAUUGUUGUUUUUAACAACUAACUUAAUAACUUGGCAGUUUCAAACCAAGAAGGUAUUAUCAAAGUGCUUUUGUGAAUUUGUUGUCCUCUUUUUACCAGUUUUUGUAGUGUGACUUACUGUAUUGUUGAUUUUGUGAGAAAAAACCUCCAUAGGUUCUUUGUUUACUAAUUUGCUUGUAUGUUGCGUUAUAUUAAAGGCAUUUGAGCAGCUUUUUUUUCCUGUUCCAAGAUUACUGCUAUUUAAGAGAAGACUGCAAUUAAAACGAUGAAAAACUAAA